AUGGCGCCGUCUCGGAGAAAACCCGACGACGACUUUGUCCUGACCCUCUCCGACGACGAGGCCGGUCCAAUUGAAGACACUGAAGAAGUCGCAGACACUUCCAGCAAGUCUCAAAGCUCGAAAAAACGCAAACGCGAAGUCAACAACGAAGCGCCGGCAAAGCAGAAGAAACAGAAAAAAUCAAAGAAGAAUGGCGCCGGCAAGGACAAUGCGGGGGAUUCGUUGAAUAGCCAUGAAGACGAGGAAGGAGGUGAUGAGGAUGAGCAGGGUGCACUGGAUGAUUCAAAGGAUGAUGGGGCUCUGGAUCCUGCGUUUGAGUUUGAUAUUGGCGGUAAUGCGGCCAGAGAUACCGUGGAGGAUUUCGAUGGAUGGGAAAUCGAUGAUAAGAAGAGGCAUGCCAAUGGGAACAAAAAGGCUGUUGAUAUUGAUGACAUUAUCGCUCGUCGCAAGCUGAAAAAAGUGGAUGAUGAUGAAAGGAAGAACAAGAAGGCGGCGAAGAAAAAGGACGAUUUUGAGGUCUUUGAUAGCGAUGAUGCCGAAGAAGAAGAGGAGGAGGAGGAGGAGGAGGAGGAGGAGGAUGAGAAUGAAUUGGAGAUGUCGGAAAUGCCAAACUUUGACGACGACGAACUGCUGGCGGCCGAUGGGUUCGGCAUGGGAGUCAACAGCGAAGACGAAGACGACAAGGAGGAUAAAGCUGCCGCCAAAAAAGACAAUGACGGAAGUGAAGAUGAAAAGGACGGUGCAGACGAGGAUGAUGAAGGGUCAGACUCUGAAGGCUCGGUUGCAUCUCCUGUUGCGCACCCAGACGAUAUCGCAUCCGACCAGGAAUCAGAGUCUGAGAUCGAGAACGAGGAAGAGCUCGAGAAGAGAAAGGCCUUUUUUGCGCCAGAAGACGCGAGUACAGCCAAGGAUACAGAAGAUUCUGCUAGUGGCUCGUUUCAAAACUACAACCUUUCGCGGCCAAUUCUUCGGGGUCUGGCCGCUGUCGGCUUCACCAACCCGACGCCAAUUCAGCGCAAGGCCAUCCCCGUGGCUCUCAUGGGCAAAGAUGUUGUCGGUGGCGCUGUUACUGGUUCCGGUAAAACCGGCGCUUUUCUCAUUCCCAUCUUGGAGCGUCUCCUCUACCGUCCACGCAAAGUUCCUACCAGUCGAGUCGCCAUUCUCAUGCCAACGCGUGAGCUGGCUGUCCAAUGUUACAAUGUCGCCACCAAGCUCGCUACUUAUACCGACAUCACAUUCUGUCAGCUUAUCGGUGGUUUCAGUCUUCGAGAACAAGAGAAUAUCCUGAAAAAGAGACCAGACAUUAUCAUUGCCACUCCCGGUCGUUUCAUUGACCAUAUGAGGAACUCGGCCAGUUUCACCGUUGACACACUCGAAAUUCUUGUUCUCGACGAAGCCGAUCGUAUGCUGGAAGAUGGUUUCGCCGACGAAUUGAACGAAAUCCUGACCACGAUUCCCAAAUCGCGCCAAACGAUGCUCUUCUCUGCUACUAUGACAGACUCGGUGGACAAGCUCAUUCGCGUGGGCCUGAACCGGCCGGUGCGUCUGAUGGUCGACGCUAAGAAACAGACUGUUGGCACUCUUGUCCAAGAAUUCGUACGCCUUCGGCCCGGUCGUGAAGACAAGAGGCUUGCCUCGCUCGUGCAUUUGUGUCAGCAAAUCUACAUGUCGCGGGUGAUUAUCUUUUUCCGUCAGAAAAAGGAGGCCCAUCGUGUCAGGGUUAUUUUUGGCUUAUUUGGACUGAAGGCUGCAGAGCUCCACGGUAGCAUGAGCCAAGAACAGCGUAUCAAAAGUGUGGAAGAUUUCCGCGAUGGCCGUGUGGCAUUCUUGCUAGCAACCGAUGUUGCCUCUCGUGGUCUUGAUAUCAAAGGAGUCGAGACAGUCAUCAACUACGAAGCGCCCCAGACGCACGAAAUUUAUCUCCAUCGUGUUGGUCGUACUGCGCGUGCCGGACGGUCUGGCCGAGCUUGCACACUGGCUGCCGACCCAGACCGCAAAGUUGUCAGAGCAGCAGUCAAAGCCGGCAAAUCCCAGGGCGCCAAGAUCAUCAGCCGCGUCAUCGAGUCCAAUAUUGUCGACGAGCUGGGUGAUCAAAUCGAAGGGUUUGCAGACGAAGUCGAAGAAGUCUUGCGUGAGGAGAAGGAAGAGAAGCAGCUUGCCCAAGUCGAGAUGCAGACCACCAAGGGCGAGAAUAUGCUCAGGCACGGGGCCGAGAUCAUGGCGCGGCCCAAGCGAACCUGGUUCGAAACCGAGCAGCAGAAGCAAGACGCCCGCAAGCGCGGUCUCGUCGAGCUGAAUGGCUCUGACGCUGCUAAGAAGGAGAAGCGGAAGCUGAGUGGCAAGGAGAAGAAGCGAUUAGACGAUACCCGUGAUCGUAAAGAGGGCAGAGGUUGGAAGAAGGGGAAAAAGGAGCGCGAGGAGCGCAAUGGCCGAUCAAAAGCUGGACCGAAAAAGGCUCAUGCAAAGGGUAAAGGUAAACCGAAGAGCCGGAAGCUAAAAGACCCCUCGAAGAAAUACAAGCGGUUCCAGCCGCUGCACCUGCCAGACCGACAAUGGCCGAACAAAACUAUCGACAAGCCUCCUCGCUGGCUUGCUACCGACCUGAGAGAUGGAAACCAGAGCUUAGUAGACCCAAUGGAUGGCGAGCAAAAAUUCAAGUACUUCAAUAUGCUGGUUGAGCUUGGCUACAAAGAGAUCGAGGUCUCGUUCCCAUCGGCAUCCCAAACCGACUUUGACUUCACUCGCCGUCUCGUUGAGACUCCCGGUGUCGUCCCCGACGACGUCUGGCUGCAAGUCCUCUCUCCAUGCCGAGAAGAUCUGAUUCGACGCACUGUUGAUUCCCUGAAGGGCUCUAAGAAGGCCAUCCUACAUCUUUACCUGGCCACCAGCGAUUGCUUCCGUCGCAUCGUCUUUGGCAUGACCAAAGAGCAAAGUCUGGCAUUGGCCGUCAAGUGCACAAAGUACGCACGCUCAAUUACAAAGGACGACCCCUCCACAGCCGGCACAGAAUGGCAAUACGAGUUCUCCCCCGAGACAUUCUCUGAUACAGACCCCGACUAUGUCGUGCAGGUCUGUGAAGCUGUCAAAGCUGCCUGGGAGCCCACAGAAGAGCACCCAAUGAUCUUCAACCUCCCCGCAACAGUGGAAAUGUCAACUCCCAACGUUUACGCAGACCAAAUCGAAUUCUUCUGCCGCAACAUGACCGAACGGGAAAAGUUUGCUGUCUCUCUUCACCCUCACAAUGAUCGUGGCUGCGCAGUGGCGGCUGCUGAGCUUGCCCAGAUGGCUGGGGCAGACCGUGUCGAGGGUACUCUGUUCGGCAAUGGAGAGAGAACGGGUAAUGUCGAUUUGGUCACCCUGGCGCUCAACCUGUAUACCCAAGGAAUUCACCCCAAUAUUGACUUUUCGGAUUUGAACUCGGUUAUCAAAGUCGUCGAGGAGAGCAACAAAAUUCCAGUUAAUGAGCGCUGGCCUUAUGGCGGUCAAUUGGUCGUAUGCGCAUUCAGUGGAAGUCAUCAGGAUGCAAUCAAAAAGGGUUUCGUUGCCCGUGAAGCUGGCGGUUCCCAGGAUGAUGAACGAUGGCAAAUACCGUACCUGCCUUUGGAUCCUCAGGAUAUUGGCAGAACAUACGAAGCAGUCAUUCGAGUCAACUCCCAAAGUGGAAAGGGUGGUGCUGCCUGGAUUAUUCUCAAGUCCUUGGAGCUUGACCUGCCUCGAGGUCUCCAAGUCGAGUUUAGCCGAAUUGUUCAGAAAGAAACAGAAACCCUUAGCCGUGAGCUUCGGCCUAGUGAGAUUGUUACGCUUUUUGAAAACGCAUAUCAUCUCAAGACCAACCCUCGAUUCACUCUGAUUGAUUACAACAUCACUACCGACCGAUCGAAUUCUCCCGUACCAGCGGAACCGGGCAAGGCCCCAGAUACACGCAACCUUAAGCGUCGUUUUACAGGCAUUGUCGAAAUUGACAGGAUCCAACAUCCUAUUACCGGUGUUGGUCCCGGUGCCAUUUCGUCCCUAGCUCAGGCACUUUCCAGCCUUGGUAUUGACUUGGAUGUCCAGGACUACAAAGAGCACUCGGUUGGUGUUGGCAGAGACGUCCGCGCCGCGACCUAUAUCCAGUGCACGGCUGCUGGAUCUCGAGAAGUCGUUUGGGGUGUUGGUAUCCACCAGGAUGUAGUCCAGGCCAGUUUGAUUGCACUUCUGAGUGCUGCCAGCUCGUUCCUUACAUCUCGUGCCGGAUCACCAGCUCCUUUCCGCCCGGUGCGCUCCAACACCCUGACGGAUGAGGACAUCCAAGCCAUCGAACAGCUUUCGGCAAGCGCCAUCGAAAAAGGAACUGCCGCUCAGGGCGUCAACCAGCAAAAAGUGGACGUUGAAAAACUCGAAAAGCGAGUUGAGGCACUUUAA